AAUUGAAGGGAGGUAUAUAAACAUUAUCUCCCCUUUUGUGGGGUCACUGGAAUCCAAUCCAUCAUCAUCGUCUCACUUUCACUUUUCAAUCCCCUUCUCUCUCUAAAACCCUAAAAAUCUCACCUUUUUCCCCCUUCAAAUAACAUGAGCUCCGAAAUAGUUCUCCAUCAGCAAUUUCCCCAAUCAGAACCUCUUCCCAUUUCCUCCACCGUCACCACCACAACCACUCCCACCGGCGUCGCCCUCAGAAAAUCCUCCGGCGCCGGCGCAUUAUCCACGACUUCAUCACGCUCCAACAAGGACCGCCACACCAAGGUCAACGGCCGCGGCCGCCGCGCAUCCGCCACCCCGCCGAUGGUCUGCGCCGGUGGGAGUCAGUGGCCGAGCUGCCGACUCGACCUCUGCCAGCCUCCUCCAGGAAUGGAGUACGCCUCGGUGAACGGUCACCGAUACAUGCCGUUCACGUCGUUGCUGUUGCAGCCGGCCACGGCGGAUGAAUCGCAGCACGAGGAGGCUCUCAGCGAUCAAUGAUAAUAAGAGCUUUUUAAUUUUUAUUUUUUAGCUUCGGAGCGUACGAGAUUACUAUGUGGAUGUUUUUGUGGGUUUUAGAUUUUAGGGCUUCUUUUUAAAUGAUUUUAUUUUAA